AUGCCGCUCCUGCACCGCAGCGAGUUUCGUCCACAGCAACCUUCGUCAGAUCUCUCUCCUGCUGACUUGGUUUUCUAUUAUCCCGACACUGGUGAAGUCUUUCGUGAGUACGCUGACUACCUAGACCACUACUGGUUGUACGCGAGUCGCAUCUGGUCAUGUUCUACGACAGGAAAGGGCGGGCUCACCUUUCGAGAGGCGCUCUUGUCCGAGCGAGCUGCUGCUGAGCGUCUGGAGCAGCGAUUUCGCUCGAGCCUCUAUCUAGAGCCUCUGUGUCGCCUGGUUCACCACUUUGCCGGGCGUCUGGAUGAUCUCGUCGACGCCGUGGCGGAAAUAUUCCAAAAAUCCUAUGUUCCUGGUGAAACAUACGUCGAUGGGGGCGGAAAGCAGGCGUCCGUUCGACGAGUCUUCAUCGCUCAUGCGGACACCAGCGACCUUGAACCUGUACGGUACUCGCCGGAGCUCGCUCGAGCGGUGCUCGAGAAACGCUUUGAGUUUGCGCGUAUACGUUACGAGCUUGAGGAUGGACGUAUCUUGCCAGCGCCCUUAGCGGUAUUGAAUCGGAAAGCACCGCCUGUACCCAAAACGCUUUUGAAACAAAAGAUACGAGAGAUUUCCUCCAGGGAUCCAUGGCACGGCGCGCCUCUGGUGGUUCAGAAUCCCGUGCUGGUACAGCAGUUCCAGCUGCCCGAGGCACUUCCGACGCCCGAGAUGCAGCGCGCCAAAGCGGAGUACGAGGAGCGAAGAAUGCGACUCGAAGAGCCUGCAGCGGAGUCAUCAGCGCAAGCAGCGGACGUUGAGAAACCACGCGAGGAGCCUGAACCGGGUGUAACCACCGAAGCCAACAAGAAGCGACCGGGAAAACAAACGGAGCCAGAGCUCGUAGACGAUCUGCUGGUGGACCAUUCUGCGGACCCGCCGCGCCCCGAACCUGAACAGGACUUUAUUGUGGACCGAGUUUCCUUCGGUGAUGUGCUGAUGAUCUGGAAUUUUUUGAACCAAUUUGGGAAGCAAGUUCUUAUGCUAAGCCCGUUCUCGCUGGAUGAUUUUGAAGGUGCGCUGGCGUAUCCGCCUGGGCACUCACCACUGAUCGAUGCUGUUUUUUACGCACUGCUACGGUUGCUGCUGUCUGUGAGCAGCGAUCCUGCCUGCUCUCGAGAUCUGCGAGACUUUGUGGCCUCUAGCAGCAAGAGUGGCACUCUGGGCCUACUUCGACGAACGCUGUCACCGGCGAGUUGGCCACAGGUUUUGGUGGAGAUGGUUCGUAAUAUGAAAUUACCCCCAGAGACGCGUCGUCUCUUCACGGAACAACGGCAACGCAUUGGCACUGAGCAGGUCGGCAUAGCGUCUGAUGGAGCGGGCCCGACAUCAAAGGAUGCGGAGGUGACGGAACAGGCGGUGGUAAGCACUGCACCCCACCGUUUGCCUGGUUCCGAUGGUAGCAUCGAGCCUCGAGACCUCGAGGACGACAACAGUUACAACGAGAACGACGAUGGAAACAAUCACGAUGCUGCAGAUGAUCAGAUGCUCUUAUGGAACGAACCGCGCUCUCCUCUUGUUUCCAAUCGAGUCGUCGAAGUGGUGCUUACGAUCAUGCAGCACGGCUAUGGGCAAGUGCCACUCUCGGGGCGGCUUGUUGUUUUGAGGGCGCUCUGUGAGGAGGCCAUGGCCACGGAGCGCGUUCGACGUGUACUGGACGCGAUCCUUGUCGAGCGGGCGGAAGUUGCGCGGAGUACACGACAGCAGCUCAUGGAGAAGCGUCGCGUGAUCAGAGAGCAGAUUGGAGAAGCGGAAGAGGCGCUCUUCGCUUUCGAAGAGGCGCACGGUAUCAGACGGGAUAGAGGCGAACACCGAGCUGCUACGCAAAGCGAUGCCCAAUGCGUGAGCGCUUCGAUGGCAGAGCAGCAGGAAGAGCAUUCGGAACGAAAGCCCCACAGUAAUGGAAAGAAAUCUCGUCCUCGUUCCAUCGGAGACGCCUUGCGGACUGAGCGAGCUGCUUCUCUGCAAAGUGGUGAAGAAGGUAGCUAUGCAGAUGAUGCAUCACAAAGUGGAAGCGAACAAGACGACGAUGAUGGCGACGAUAUGGAUCUGGGAACGCACGAAGAAUCCACCAGUGUCUACAACGAUGAUGACGAUGGCAACGACCUCGAGCCGGGACAGCGGGGAAGCGAGUCUCAGACUGGCGCUGUCCGCUCACACCCACAGCGUAACCGGAGCCGGUUAUCGGGGUCGAUUUCGACGACUUCGGUGUGGAACGGGUCGCUGGUUUGCGCGGCGGAUGAUCGACCCGACUUGAGUAGUGGCGACGACGCGUCGCAGUACACCCCAUCGACAGAGCGUGGAGCGUUGCAGCGCGUCGCCCAGCAGUCCCAAGCAAAAUUGGACGAAGACCGAAAGCGUCACACAGACGCCAACGGGUACCUCUCAACGCCCGAUGUGAAACGCCUCGUCCGCCUAUCUCGCCAAGAGGCUCUCGCAGCCGAACGAGAGAGACGAGCUCAAGAGCGUCGUCAAUUCGAAAUUGAACGAGAGCAUGCCCGCCUCAUUGCACGCAGACGAACUCUGCAGAAAGAAUUGCGGCGAGAGCGGGAAACAUAUGGUGAACAGAUGGCGGCCGCACUCUCGGAAUACUCGGUGCGGACUACGCCCCUGGGUCUCGACCGCGACCUCAAUCGCUAUUGGUUCUUCCACGGCGAAGGUCGUCUGUUUAUUGAAAAACAGCCGAACGCUGAUGAACCGCCAGUAUGGUCGUACUACGCAUCAAAAUCACAAGUGGAUGCGUUUCUCUUGCAUCUGAAUACGCGAGGGCGUCGGGAGAGUGCUCUGCACCGCCGGAUCCUGCGAUCUUACAACUGGAUUAUCAGCGCAAUGCGAAAACGAAACCAGACCAUGCCCACGAAACGAUUAUGGGCCAGCGAGCGCCCAUCGCGUACGAGACAGGCACCAGAAUCGCGUCUGGCGUGGUUUCGCUACGAAAACAAGCUUGCAACGGAGACGCCGACGAGGACCUAG